UCACCACAUGAUUGGCUUAACAAAAAUGACAGAUGUGUGGCGUUUGAACACUUUACCAUCUGAUGUUUUGAUUUUAAUUUUCGACUAUUGUCAUGCUUUUGACUUGGUACGACUCAGCGAAGUAUGUACACGUUUUUACGAUAUUAUACGGGAAGAAACACUUUGGAUCAAGAAGAGUAAACAGCCGAUCGUGACUAAUCAAACUUCGAGAAAAUUUCGCGAAAGGUGCAAUUUAUUACUAUGUUUGCGUACAAAAUGGCAUGUUUCACACAAUUGGCAAUAUGGUAAAUAUGAAAAGAAAAUCCUCUUCUCCCAAAACACAAAACUUAUACCACGGAUUCAAUUAACAAAAGAUACAUUAUGGUGGAGUGGUGGCAAUAAAUUAUAUGGUUUUAAACGUACAUUACCACUUCAAGAAAAUAAUCGAAUUUUUAUUAAUGACAAUGUUAGAAGUGAUAUAUGCAAAUUUAUUGUCAGAAAUGAAUGUAUCAUUACAGGACACAGAGAUGGAAGUAUACAAUUUUGGACAAAGUCACAAUGUAACCAAAAUAUAGAUUUUUAUUUUAGUAUAGACCGAGCACAUUCUAGAAAUGUAAAUGCAUUGGAUGAAACUUUUAAAGCAAUUAUAUCAGGUUCUAAUGAUGGAACUGUUAAGAUUUGGAGACCUGUUGGACAAAGGAUCUUAAAUGUACCUUUAGCAACAAUAAAUAUAGCAGGAUGGGUAUGUUCUCUUUCUGCAGAUCCAACAAGUAAAACAGUUGCUGUAGGUUCUGCUGGAGAUAGUAAUGAUACCCAUCUUCAUAUAUUUGAUCUUGAAUAUUACACUGAAUCUGAUAUAUUAAAGCCAGAUAAAAAAAGAUGUGCAGGAAUAUUAGAUAUGGUUUGGGAUAGUCCACAAAUUUUGCUUACCUGUGGAUAUGAUACUUAUAUCCGAAAGUGGGACUUGAGGACUGGAACAUGUGUGUAUUCAUGGCCAGAUCCAACAGAUGCAACUUUGUAUUGUAUAUCAUCAGAUUAUCAAUAUACUAUGAUCACUGGAACUAAAUUUAACUGUAAAGCUGUUCUCUGGGAUCAAAGACAAAAAAAUUAUAUACAGUUCUAUUUCAUGAAUCUUAAUAGAAUGUCUAGUCCUGUUUAUUCUCUAAGUUUUGAUAGCACAUAUUUAUAUGGAGCAACAGAUCAACAUUUAGUUGAACUUAAAUUCUCAGGAUAUUCGUACAAAGAAUCUAAUUACAAAGAAAUUCUUAAAUAUGAACAAAUAAGAGAGAAUAGAACAGGUUCAAAUUGGGUUGUAUAAAAUGAAUAUAUAAUAGUAUCGUUAUAUCAUAUAGUUCAUAACCGGAUAAACCUAGGGACUCUGCGUUUUGUCCAGCUAUAACUGCUCGAAUUCCAAGAAGAUAUGGUCCUUUCGCAGCCCAAUCUCUGGAUGAUCCCGAUCC